AUGGCUCAGAGCUCAGUAGAUUCUGAUAGACUCUCUUCGGCUGGUAUAUCUACCCAUAGUUCUGGAACUGCAGGAACUAUAGGAGGCUCAGUAACUGGAAUUAGGGGUGGAGAUGCAAAUCCAAUCAAAAGAGAAGAUGAGGAUGAUUACAAUUUGGGCCCACUACCACCAAUGUGGGAAAAAGCUUUUACUCCUUCUGGGGAAAGAUAUUUCAUAGAUUACAAUACAGGUACAUCACACUGGUUAGAUCCGAGACUUGCACGAGUUAGAAAGCACUCCCUUGGUGAAUGUGGAGAAGAUGAACUGCCAUAUGGAUGGGAAAGAGUUACCGAUGAAAGAUAUGGCUCAUAUUAUGUAGACCAUAUUAAUAGAAGAACUCAAUAUGAAAAUCCUGUUUUACAGGCUCGUAGACUAAGAGCUGAAAAAAUGGCAGCAGAAAAUGGAAAUAAUAAUCAACCUAAUGGUCCACCACCGACAGGAGAACUAAGAGGGGAGCGUUUUUCAUUAAGUUUAACAAAAGGCACACAGGGUUUGGGAUUUACACUAAUUGGUGCUGAAGGUAUACCAGAAACAGAAGGCUAUUUACAAAUUCGCAGUAUAGUGCCUAGCAGCCCGGCAUGGAUUGAUGGUUUUCUUCGGCCUGGCGACCUGAUAGUGGGAGUGGGGAACAAGGGAGUGCGAGGGCUAUCUCACGCCCAAAUAGCACAGAUAUUCCAAUCUAUUGCCCCUGGCACAGAAGUUACUUUACAUUUUGUGCGUGGAUAUCCGCUAUCCUUUGACUCAGAAGACCCGAACACACGAGUGCUCAGUACAUUAGCAGUAGAUGCGACAACUCCAGCCACCACCGAGGCUGUCGCAAUGCAACAGCUUAGACGGGCUUUGAGAACUCAAUUCAACCUAGACUCGCCAAACCACGUAGACGCAUCAGAAGGACGCGAUGAAACCGACAACUCCCCCGAAACACCCAACACACAGAGGCGACUCAUGUCCAGAUCCUUCGAUUUGGACGAGUUGGCCACUACCAAUGAAAUCAGUCCUGUGCCGCCAAGAUGUCCUUCCGCUGAUCAUCUGCUCAGCUUAGCGUCGGAACAUCCACAUCGUAACAACAACAACGCAGCGACCGAGCCUGGCCGCGAGCUGACCCUCACCUUGCGCCGGGGCGCCGUCGGCUUUGGGUUUACUAUUGCUGACAGUGUGCACGGACAGAAAGUUAAAAAGGUAUUAGAUCGCAGCAGAUGCGCCGGCUUGUGGGAAGGAGAUCUUUUGCUCCAAAUCGGCGACACCGACGUGAGACAUGCCCCGCAUCAACAUGUCGUUCAAGUACUAAAAGACUGCCCUGCGAUGUCGGAAACCACGCUGCGCGUGUGGCGACGCAACACCGCCGCGCGCGCGCCCAGGAGUCGAUCUGCUACGCGGGUACAGGCCACUUCAUCUGCAUCAAACAACAAUCAACUAGGCAGAAGCAAAACCCCAACAGCCGAGCAACUUCGCUCAGCGCCAGUACACAAUACAGAUAAUAGCUUAAGGGAUAGACCGAAUGGCAUGAAUUCAGUAGAAGCAACAUAUGCAGUGCCAGAACACAAAAAUCGUGAGACCAGGGAAACUAUAAUGGAGCGACGUCGAAGAAGUAGCACUCCCGGGGCAAGGCUCACUUUACCCGUGGUAACCCCCUGGACAGACAACCAAGACAACCAAUGGCAACAACAACCAUGGUUGGACAACUCUAGCAACACAAGAAAUUGGGCGGAAACCCAAAAGUGGGAUCAAAGUGGACAAAAGUGGGAGGAGAGUGGGCAAAAGUGGGAUGGAAAUACAACGGAAUAUAUUGGAAGGAUGGAUGGUCCGAGUAAUGGUUGGGAGGGAGGGGACAGAUGGAAUAACAAUUGGGGGGAAGUCCCGACGCCUACAGUUCAUGUGGAUAUGAAUGCUGCAUACUGGCGGGGUAAUGCGAGUGUUGCUGAUAGUAGCGAUAAUGGAGGUUUCCCAGAGGAUGGCAUGCUUCACUCUCCGAGUACAGCUGCUGUGGGCGGACUCUCCAGACAGUCCCCUGCCACAAGCAGAAUAAGGCCGCAUUCACCUUCCAAUUCUACGGGUCGCAUGAGAAGCCAUUCCCCGUCGAACGCGAGUGCCACGGACCGACUGCUCAACACCUCGCCCUCCACUCGUCUGCAAAGUCAAUCUCCAUCUAACAACUCUUCCAACAGCAGGAUAAAGGGGUCACCACUGAGCUGUCCUCAGAGAUGCAAACCGAUUACUAUUGUAAUUUACGCUAAAUUACGAGAUACAUCUCCGUCGAGGCACAUGCAUUCUCCAGCGCGCUCACCUUACGAGCCCGACGCUCAACCCGGCUUAUAUGUUGCCAACUACCCACAGGUAGAAGCAGGCGGCUCGACGGACCCCGAGGCGGAUGUGCUGGUGACGCUGGCGCGCGGCUCCGCCGGGUUCGGGUUCCGCAUCGUGGGCGGCACCGAGGACGGUAGCAGGGUCGCUGUGGGAUAUGUUGUGCCUGGCGGUCCGGCGGACGGGUUCCUGCGUCCGGGCGACCUGCUGACGUCGGUGGACGGCGUGCCGCUGGCGGGCGCCACACACGCGCGCGCCGUCGCCGCCGUCUGCCAGGCCGCCGCGCGCGGACGGGUGACACUCGGCGUGAGACACAAUAGAGCAGAUAUCCAGCCGCUGGGAAUCCCCGCGCUGCCCGCGCCGCACGCGCUAUCGCACCAGCCGCUACUCACGACGGAGCCGCUGCGCCACGUGUCGCCGACGUCGUACAACAUCCUGCACCCGGCGCCGCUCUACCCGCCCGCUCACUUUCCCAUGUAUGGCGUACAAUACGACACGAACGCCGGCUGGGCUGCCGCGCCCUACGACGUGACCGUGACCAGGAACGAGGGCGAAGGGUUCGGUUUUGUGGUCAUAUCCUCUACUAACAAAGCUACCAGUAUUGGCGACCUGAUCCCCAACUCGCCGGCGGCGCGGUGCGGGCGCGUGCGCGUGGGCGACGUCAUCGUGGCCAUCAACGGGCAGCCCGUGCGCAACCUGCCGCAUCCCGACGUUGUCGCGCUCAUCAAGCGCUCCGGCGCCGCCGUCACGCUCACCGUCGCGCCGCCCGACGCGCCCGACCUGCGGGACGCGCGGGACGUGCGCCGCGAG